UAGAGAUAAUUAUUUAUUUAUAAAAGUCUUUGAAUUAAGAAAUUGAUAUGAGUGAAUCGGAUGAUGACAUACCACGAUUAAAUUCAGCAACAUUGGCUGCUUUAAAUGAAUUUUACCAGGAAAAAGAAGAACGUGAGAAUAAACUAAAGCAUGCUAUUGAACAAAGUGAAAAUAAAAAUUGUGACAUAAUUUUUGAAGAAGAUUGGCAAUUAAGCCAAUUUUGGUAUGAUGAAAAGACAAUUUUGUCUUUGACACGAGGUGCUGUUAAAUCCACUCUCAAUGAUGGAAAAAUUGCUUUAAUUUCAUGUCCGACAUUAUACAAGCGUUUAAGUAAUAUAUCUGAAGGAAGGCAAGUGAAGCUGUUCGAAUUUGACAAACGCUUUUCUGUAUUUGGUUCUGAUUUUAUAUUAUAUGAUUAUAAUUUACCCCAAAAUAUUCCAAACGAUUUAAUUGGAUUCUUUGAUCUUGUAAUUUGUGAUCCGCCGUUUCUUUCAGAAGAAUGCUUAACAAAAGUAGCAGUAACUGUCAAGCUUUUGGCAAAAAAUAAUAUUGUUCUAUGUACAGGUGCUGUAAUGAAUGACAUGGCAGGAAAACUAUUGAAUGUUAAAAAAUGUAAUUACGCUCCUCAUCACAAAAAUAAUUUAGCAAACGAAUUUUGUUGUUAUUCAAAUUUUUGUUUCGAUAAAUAUUUAACAUAA